UUGGGUAAGGUCUUUGUGUCUUUGCAAUAUACACGGUCUUUGGUCUUUGGAUCUAGGCUAUUUAUAACCACUUUGGCGAAAGCAAAGAUCCUAUCUUUGGCUAAAGAGAGUCAAUAGUCAAUUCACCUUUUUCGGGAGUGAUCUCCCUAACCUGACGCAACGAUACGACGAUACCAAACACAGCGGCAUAAACUGUGUAUUGUUUUGUUGACUUGACGUUUGUUUACGAUCUCUUGUGUGGUGACUGGACAUAUGCCAUGCACCCUUGAAUUACGAACGACUGAAGCUGUAAUGCACGAUGCCACCUCCAAAAUCAUUACCUUUGACAAUUACAAAUGACACUGCUUUGUCCCCUGCAAAGGGGCGAGGUAUGGUAUCGGCUUAUAACGGCAGGAAGUCGACAGGUCCUGCUCGUAGAUCAGUAGCUCAAACAAUGGCCGAAUUUAAGCAGCGAGCAGGUCCUCAGCCCAUCAGAAGACUGGACAAAUCUGAUAUGGAAGAGCUACAAGAGGAUAGACAGACUAAGAAGGUGGAGAAAUUGCCAAAACGAGACUCAGGAGCUGUAGCCUUAGCCUCCACCAGCAGUCUUCCACCUCACCUGCUCAUGACAUCUCUGCUAGAACAGUUGUGCUUCAUGUAUGUCGGGGACAAAAGCAAAGCCCAACAGUUAUUCAAAAUUCUGUGUGAACGGCUGAGUAAACUGAAUGUGAUCGCUCCUCUGAGCUACCUUGAUGAGAUGAGCAGUCUCCGGUUUCAGCACAGGGCAAUGCUCAACAAAAUUCUGAGGACGGCCAUGAAGUCCCUCGAUCAGAAUGACACCUUGCUAGCCUUGCCAUCGGCCAAUCCAAGUUUGGAUGUGGUACAGCUCCAUCAUGUGAAGGACGACAUCAUCAGUCAGCAGACCUCCCGCUAUAAGAAUGAGUUCCGGGAACUGGGGCUACUGGGCAAAGGUGGAUUUGGCUCUGUCUUUAAGGCCAAGAACUACUUAGAUGGACGAGAAUACGCGGUGAAGAAAAUCCGAUUCAAGCACAGGCACACAGAAAUACUACUUAAGUUGCUCAGAGAAGUUAAGGCUCUUGCAAAUCUUCAGCAUGCAAACAUAGUGGGUUAUAACGCUGCCUGGAUGGAGUAUGACAGCCCAUAUUGCUCCAGCAAAGAGACUUCCUCAAAUGGAAGCCCAAGGACUGAUGACAGUUUUUCUGCCACCGACGUCCAAGACAGGAAGAAUGACAGCAUGAGUGUGAGCAUAGAGUUUUGCCUCACGGACGAAGAAGAAGAGGAGCUACAGAAGAAGGAAGUACGUCCGCCUCCCCAGUAUGGAGGCAUGGGGCUGGCUCUUAACGCUAAAGUCUUCAGCUCUGUGAGGGUGGAGGAACUACCUGCUUCUGAGAGCCCUGAGGAUUCCGACACUCCCUCGGGUAAUCAGGUUGCUCCCUCCGUCUCGAAGGAAAAGCAGAUGGACUCUUUUCAUUCUUCCAGACAGGACGUGUUGGAUUUCGGUUCUUCUUGUGAAGCUAUAUCAUCUUCAGAAAGACCUCCAGGGGUUUUGGGGAAAAAAGAGCCAACGGCAGUGAUAAAAAAUUCAGUAACUUGUCUUGAGGAAAAUGUGUCUUCUCUUAACUGUUCAGGCAACCAUGGUAAAUCUCUGAAGGAUGAAGGACUGAGCUUUCAAUGUGAUUGUCAGAUGUCGGGAAAGUAUAACGAGCAAUUGCAAGGAAUGUUUUGUUCUCAGGAAAGCAGUAAUCCAUGUGAAAAGUGCAAUUCUUUGGGUACACGUAAGACUUCCAUAGACAGUAUACCUAACACAAAACUUCAUGCUCAGAACUUUGAGUUGAAGCCCAAUGCUCAGGCAGAUCUCAUGAUAUUAAAACAGGAGACAGCGUCUAGGUCUCAUAUAUCAGACAAUGAAAUAAGUAUUUCUUCAACGGGCUUUUCAGUCCAUUCUAAUUCUUCUCGUCUUCUGGAUUCUGAGUAUGGUGUGGUUUCUGACUGUGCGGUUUCUGAGAAUGGUGUGGAUUCUGAGAAUGGUGCAUGUUGUCCUGAACGCUCAAAACUCUUCUGUGAUGAGCAGGAUGAAACUUCAAAUGAAUCUCGUAUUGUUGUAGAUGCUCAUACUUCCACCCAGAUCUCAGAAUGGUCAGUAGCAGAUGUUUCAUCCAUGUCUAUUGUGUCUUUCGAAAAACGUUCUGGGGAAAUUUCAAGUAAUGAUAUUUCAAUUAGUUUUCGUGAACAGGACGAAUCUUUUGAUUCCUUCAUACGUUUUCCGUCUGUGAUGUCUGUGUCUCGUGGUGGAGAUUUCCAGCGUCAGACCAGUUAUUCGGGUCCCGCCUGCUCUGCGAAGAUGACUCCUCUAGAUGACAGCAACAGUGGUAACUCCAACCUGGUGUCCUCCACAACCACCAGCAACAUGACUCAGAAGAUUGUCAAGAGGAGGCGCCUCCCGUCGUUCCAGAGAAGCAUCAGCUGGGGUGCUGUUAAUGAAGUGGAGGAGAUUAUGGAGGCCAGAAACCACAAUUACGAUUUUCAGAAUUCAAUUACCCUAUACAUUCAGAUGGAGCUGUGCUCUGUAACCCUGCAAGAAUGGCUUGUGAACAGAAAUGUUGAAUAUAAUUCCAAAGAAUUCGAUGACACCAUCAUGUGCUCGGACAAUAUGAGGAUUUUCCACCAGGUGUUGCAAGGUGUGGACUUCAUCCAUUCGCAUGGCCUGAUCCACAGAGACUUGAAGCCUCGAAACAUUUUCCUUUCUGGAAGUGAGCUCCAUGUGAGGAUUGGUGAUUUUGGACUAGCUAAAGAAGAUGUCCUGAGACAUGGGCGAGAAGACAUUGUGUUCACCCCCUCGCCGACAGAAAAUGCUCCGACAGUUUUUGUGGACAACCACACCACAGGGGUAGGAACAUCAGCCUAUGCUUCACCAGAACAGCUCCAAGGCUCCGUGUAUGAUAUAAAGAGUGAUAUGUACAGUUUAGGUGUGCUCUUGUUUGAGAUGUACCAUGUGUACAGCACGGAGAUGGAGCGGGUUCGCAGCAUUCAGUAUCUACGGGAACAUUGUAUAUGUGAGGGAGAUUUCAAAGAAAAGUGGCCUCUGCAGGCAGAUGCGGUGAUAUCUCUCAUCAAACCUUUACCCGGUGACAGACCGUCCACUCAAGACUUGCUGAGCAGUCAGCUCUUUCUCUCUCAAGACCAGCAAGUGACGCUUUUACAGCAGACUGUUAUGAAGCUGAAAGAGGAGAUGGAGCAGCUGCGGCGAGACGUGAGGGACAGAGACAAGACAAUUGCUCAACUACACAGAGAGCUGGCCAGUGCCUUAAGCCCAGACGAGCUAUAACUACAGUCGACUCCACUUGUGUUGAACUCGUUUGAGUUGUUCUUCGGUUGAGUUGAUCUUUUUCCUGGGUCCCAGCAUCUCUUUUUCUUCUUUACAGGUCCCAACUGUUAAUUUGAACUUUGGACUGGUUAAUUUUUUUUUUCACUCCCACGAGGACAUCAACUCAUCCAUAGAUGGCUGUACGAGGGGGGGUUCAAUAAGUUUUUAGUCUGGAAUCAUGGUAGAGAAAUGAAAUUUUGCCUGCCUUCACAACACACUAUGUAAAUUUUCGCGAAAAUCUGACAAUAAAUCUGACACUAAUCAGGGUGUUCAAUGACACCAUGCACUAAAAAAAAUAGUUUUUUUUUCUUUCUGAAACUGUACCAUGGAGCCUGUUGAAUACCGCUUAGUUAUCAUGUUUUUGCUCUUGCAAGGAAAAUCCCCUUUAGACAUUUUUCAGGAAAUGGUCCAAGUUUAUGGUGACAAAUGUCCUCGUUAUUGUUCUGUGACAUUCGCCUACUGGGUAAGAAAAUUCAAAUCUGGAUUCAUGUCGGUGAUGGAUGAAGAUUGUGAAGGACGCCCAUCCUUUGUGGUAACUAAAGAGAAUGUAUCCAUACUGAAGAAACUGGUUCUACUAGGCUGACGUAUAACUGUUAAACAGUUCUCAAGUGAAAGGACAAUCAACGUAGGAUCAAUUGAAACGAUUCUCCAUGACCAUCUUAACAUGAAUAAGGUGUCUGCGAGGAGGGUACCCCGCCUUUUGACAAGUGAGCAAAAGAAGCAGUGGGUAGAGUCCUGCAAAACUUUCCUUUGAAUUUAGCCCAAGGACACAAAUUUCUUUAAAAAUAUGGUAACUAUGCAUUUAACAUCGAUUUAUCAUUUUGAUUCUGAGCACAAAAUGUCCUCCAUGCAAUGGAAACCCCUUUGUCUCCCUCACCGAAGAAGGGAAAGGUAACACCAUCAAGUGGAAAGGUCAUGCUGUCGUGUUCAGGGAUUGUGAAGGUAUCAUCAUGACUGACUACCUGGAAAAUGGAAAAACACUGUCACAGGAGACUACUACUACGGUUUGUUUAUACAACUGCAGUUUUAAUUGGUGAGAAAAAAGCGUUAAAUAGUCCGUAACGGGGUUCUCCUACUACAUGACAAUGCCCUUGCCCACAGGGCACAACAAGCAGUCCAGACAGCAGAACAGUGCGGCUUUGAAAUCCUGCCACACCCAGCUUAUUCACCAGACCUAGCCCCCUCUGACUUUUUUCUGUUUCCUAAUCUUAAAAAGUCUCUCAAGGAAUGUCGUUUCCAUGACAACGAGGGCGCCAUUGAAGCUUUUGAAGACUAGUUAGGGGCUCAUUCUGGGUCAUUUUUCUUUCAAGGAUUUUUGAAGGUCAAAGAGAGGUGGCAGAAAUGUGUUACCCUGCAUGGUGACUAUGUAGAGAAAUAAAAGUAUGUGUGCCAAGUUA